AUCAGUGGAUUGUAUUCGCGAUGAACUGAAUUAACUGGACAUUUGUUCAAAGAGGAUUAGUCGAUCCUAUUCGUAUUGAAUGGUGCAGAGAUAGGAAAAUUGAAUAUUUUGUUAGGUUAAUUUUAACCGAAUAUUGAACCAGUAAACGAGCGAAGUGGAAUUCGUCAGAAGUUCAGAUCUCCAGAUUGUCAAAAUGGAGACGUCGGAGACAGAGGAAUUGACACCUUAUCCGUAUCAAGUGGACAUGCUCGAACUGGCCCUGAGGGAAAAUUCCAUACUUUACUUGCCAACUGGGGCCGGCAAAACAUACAUCGCGGUUAUGUUGAUCAAGGCCAUGAGUGCAUCAAUCAGGAAACCAUUUUCAGAGGAUGGUAAAAGAACAAUUUUUGCCGUUAAUACUGUACCCCUGGUGCUUCAACAAUCGAUGUACAUUAAGAGACAUACUGGUCUCACUUGUCAGGGAUACAGUGGUGAUUUAGAGGUUGACUUCUGGAAAGAAUCCAAGUGGCAGGAGGAAUUCGACAAGAAUCAGGUUCUAGUGAUGACAGCCCAGAUAUUCCUCAACAUUUUGGAGCACGGUUACAUGUCUCUGAAUCAGGUAAACCUCCUCAUCUUCGACGAAUGUCACAGAGCAGUUGGUGAUCACGUAAUGCGACGAAUUAUGAGACAUUUCGAGAAAUGCCCUGUGCACGAACAACCACGUUUUCUAGGUACAUCAGCGACAUUAUUGAAUUCCAACGUCGCCAUCCACAAAGUCGCUGAAAUCGCUCAUGAAUUGGAAAUCACUCUACACGCAAAAGUCAUAACAGUGGAUUCACUAUCAAUGAUAAAAAACUACGCAAGACCAACAGAGAAAUUUGUAGAAUAUCAACCGUUGUCACAGGCACUUGAUCCACGAAUAUCUCAGAGGUUUCAGAUGAUGAUAAAAAUCUUGGAUUCAGUAAAAUUGCAAGAGCACGGAAGGAAUGAGGAGACAAGUCCAGCAUUCCAACCGAAGUCAAAGUUGUCUAAACUUCGAAAUGUCAUUGCUGAUGCACAGGAGCAUAUACUCACUCAAGGUCUGUAUGGUGGUAGCAAAGCUGUUCUCUUUCAAAUGCUGAAGCUGGAAAAAAUGAAGAAACAGGCCGAAGAUGAGGAUACUCUGACGAUAUUGAGCUACGCAGUCUCUCAAUUAACACUCAUUCGUAAGAUCAUUGAAGAUGAAAUUAAUAAGACGCAGUUGACUGAAUUUGAACAAAUUCACAAAUACUCGUCCGAGAAGGUAAUCAAACUCGUUGAAAUACUGCGAACACAUUACAAAGAGAAUGUUACUGAAUCAGAUUCGACUAAUACAUUUUCUGUAAUUGUAUUUGUUCAUCGUCGAUUUACAGCAAAAAUUUUGUAUCAUUUGCUGAAAAUUAUUGCCAAAUCAAACGAUCAAUAUUCUUUCAUCAAACCAGAUUACGUACUUGGUGUAUCAGUGAAUCCAUUCAAGACCUCUUGCGAAGAUAUUUGCGCAUCAAAAUGGAACAAAGAAGCUUUAAUUAGAUUUUGUACUCAUGUGUCGAAUAUCCUGAUUGCAACGGAUGUCAUUGAUGAGGGUGUUGACAUACCCCUUUGCUCUCUAGUGGUACGUUACGAUUUACCGAAUGAUUUUCGGUCUUAUGUACAGAGUAAAGGUCGUGCACGUCGUUCGUCCAGUAAGUACGUGAUGAUGAUUAACGUGACAGACGCUGUGAAAGAACGAUCGAAGCAUAAUAAAUACGUGAAGACAGAAAUGGUAUUGAAUAAAUACUUGCUAGGUAACACUAUUCAGCGACCAUUGCCACCGCCAGAUGAGAUAAAGGAGUUUUUGUACAAAACGGUAAUUAAGCCUUACGAAGUAGUAUCACCUAAUGGAAACCGCUAUUCACUUUCUGACACUGGUGCAGUAUCACUGAUCUAUCAAUACUGUAAUCAAUUAUGCAGCUCGAAAUUUGCCAUCGGUACACCCACAAUUAAAAGUCACCAAACAAAUAAUCCAGGAGAAUUUAUCGUUUCUUUCAAAAUGCCACUUUCAUCUCCCUUAAAAGAUGUAAUUUUUAGUGAUAUAAUGCCAAGUUUAGUACUGGCUAAACGCUCAGCUGCAUUGAAGGCCUGCAUUGAACUGCAUAAAAUUGGAGAAUUGAAUGAGAGAUUAUUGCCUGCGGAUACCAAGGACAUGAUGGAUGAUGUGACACAUUUGUUGAAAAAUUGGAAAUUCAAUGAUCAGGCUGGACCGACAGCUCUCCUGGGCACUUACAGCUGUCACCGUCAAAACAAAUUCAUUCAUCCGGAGGAAUUGUGUUCAGCUUAUCCACAGGUGAAUGCUGUAUCCUAUCUACAUGUCAUCAAGGUGAAACCAACGUAUUCGAGACCAUUUGAGGAUAAACAUCGAGAACAAGUUUUCUACGAUUUAUUGAAGGACUCCUCUGGUUUUGCCAUUCUCUCCAGCAAGAAAAUGUCUCAAGUACCUGGUUUUCCAUUGUAUAUGAACAUAGGAACUGUACAGGUUGAAAUUGAUGUCAAUCACAGUGAAGUUGUUCUGUCUUCUGUUGAAAUCAAUCAAUUGAAAAAUUUUCACUGGGUUGUUUUUGCAGAAGUUUUGGGUAUCGUCAAGUCCUUUACGAUGUUUGAUAAUGAAAAUGGUGAGAACACCUAUCUCAUUGUACCAGUCGAUGUGAAUGAAAACAUUCAUUGGAAUAUUGUUAAUGAUAAUCAAGAGAUCCUCAAAAUUCCUCACUUAUCAGGAGGGGCACCACAUAAGGCGGCAUUAGUGUCAGCCCUAUCAAUGAUUGGUUACUCGAGCGAUAAUAAUGCCCCUAUUGACGUUGAUUACGACGAUUGGCAAUUAGUGAGGCCAAAUUAUCGUGAUACUGUUUAUAUUGUGACAAAAGUCUGUCACAAUAUGAGUCCACUGACUGAAUUUCCUACGGAUGGCUUCAAAAAUUAUCGACAUUAUUACGGGGAGAAGCAUGGUUUGGCGAUAACUGAUACCAGACAACCUCUGCUGGAAGUUAAAGCAAUAUCCACGAAUAUUGAUUAUAUCAAGCCAAGGGGUCGAAGUGCAUCAUCCAAAAGAAGGGAAAGAGACAAUUUUGAGGAGCAUUUGGUGCCAGAGUUGUGCGAGAGGAUGACCUUUCCGCGUGGUUAUUGGCUGAAAGCUAUGUACUUACCUUCGUUGCUUCAUCGGCUGUCUCAGCUGUUGAUUGCUGAAGAUUUGAGGAAGAAAAUAGUACGAGAGACUGGAUUGGGGGUGAUUGAAGUGGCUAAAGGUGCCUGGCCACCUCUUCAAUUGUUCGAGGAUGAUGACAAAUUCGAUUCAUCGAAUUGUUCUGAAAAGUCUCUCGAGGAUGAGGACGAUCAUGAUCUUGUGGAUGAUAUGGACGUUGAUGGUGACAAUUCUAAUGGACAGGUUGAUGCUGAUAUGUCAGAUGGCUUUUUCCCACUGCUGGAUGGUGUGAAGAGCUCAGAAUGUGAAACACCAAUAUCUCCGGAAAUGAAUAUGUUGACUCUUGACUCUAAUGUUUACGAUUGGCCAAAGGAUAAAGAGCCGAUUGAUCUCGAAAGAAAUAUUGAGAAUAUUCAGCUCAUUGAUAUUGAUUAUUAUUUUCAGUUUACCAAUGUUCGUUCCAGAAAUGUUGAGAUACUGAUGGAAAAAUACAACAAGUAUCGAUUUUUCAAGCGACCCCACGUUUCAGUACCGAAUAUUCAACUGAUAGAUAAAAAUCACACGUCUAAAUCUCUACUGACUGGACCAACUCCCCUGGAUAUCAUGUAUGCUCUGACUCCAAAAUCUGCUCACGAUGUAUUCAAUCUCGAACGAUUGGAAACACUCGGAGAUUCAUUUCUGAAGUACAUCAUCUCGGCUUAUCUUUUUCAACGUUAUCCAUACUAUACUGAAGGUAGACUGACUGUUUUCAAAGGGCAAAUCGUCGGUAAUCGUCAUCUAUUUUACUGCGGUGAGAAAAUAUUGCUUCCAGGUAGAUUGUCGAUAGAUGAUUUUAGUGCCAAGAGCAGUUUUCUAUCGCCCUGUUUUCAUGUACCCAAAGAAAUUCAAAAAAUGAUUAAAAACGAGGAUAGUUCACCGAAUGUUCUCUAUGAACUUCCCCUGAAUUUGGAGGAACGAAAGACGGGGGAAUUGUCAGAUGAAACCAGAGCCAUUUGCAAUGAGAAAAUAUCUUCCUGGUCACAGAAAGGAAUUACCACUCACACUGGUACAGAGCACUAUUUGGGAAUUCAAAUAACCAAAGAUAAAAUGGUAUCGGACUCAGUAGAGGCUUUGAUAGGAGUUUAUUUCAAUGCCAUGGGUCUUUCAGGUGCUACAACGCUUAUAAAAUGGCUUGGAAUUCUUCCGGCUGACACCGAUGUCAAUGAUAUUUUAUACAGUAAACCUGUAACAGCUGUAAGAGGCGCGGGUGAAGUAAAUAUUCACAUGCCAUGGGCAGGCUCAAUUGAAGAUACUUUGGGGUACAAAUUUAAGGAUCGAUCGUUUCUGCUGCAAGCCUUCAGUCAUCCAUCAUACUCAAGCAAUAAUGUUACGACUGAUUACCAGAGAUUAGAAUUCCUGGGGGAUGCUAUUAUUGAUUUUUUGAUAACUAUCCAUAUCUAUCAAAGCUGUGGUAAUUUAACUCCAGGGGAUUUGACAGAUCUAAGAUCGGCAUUGGUGAAUAACAUAACUUUUGCUUGUCUAAGUGUCAAGUUUGGACUUCAUACAGGACUACUUGCAUACGCCCCCAAGUUAACAGAUGCCAUUGACAAAUUUGUGUCUUUUCAAGACGAAAAGGGAUACAAAGUUGGCGAUGAUCUACAUUGGAUUCUACUGGAGGAGGACGAAUGCAAUAUGGCGGAAUACGCUGAGGUGCCAAAAAUUCUAGGAGAUCUCUUCGAGUCUGUCAUCGGUGCCAUCUAUCUGGAUACUAAUAAGAAUCUGAAGAAAGUCUGGGAGAUAUUGUACUGCAUGAUGCACGAGGAAAUCAAGAACUUCAGUGAAAAAAUUCCCAAGGAUCCUGUCAAGUGCGUUUAUGAAGCUCAAGGGGCUCAUUGCCGAUUUUUGAAGGUAGAAACCCUUAGCUGUGGGAGUAUUAUGGUACCUUUGGAGAUUGUCGUCGGGGGAAAGAGAAAGUUAUUCCAUGGAUUUGGUGCUAUGACUAAACAAGCAAAACGAGCUGCUGCCAAACAAGCACUCAAGUUUAUUCAUCGCAAUUCGCAGGGAUAAAUUAUAUUUUAUCGUAUGGUCCAUGUAAUAUUGUAAUAAGAGUGGAAAAUUAAACAAAAUGGGAAGAGAUCAAAA